GUGACAAUUAAUAAAAACGCAGAAAAAAGUCCAAUAAAACUUCGAACAGGAGAUAAAUAUCAAUGUUCAUGAUAAGUCAGAUUUGAAAACAGUGCCAAAUCAAGAUAAUAAUGAUGGUACCUAUCGUAACGCCAAUAUUGUUGAGAUAUUAUAAUUCCAAGUUCAAAUACAUCGUCACAAACUGCUAAUGCGACAAAAAUUCAACACACACAGAGUGGUGCAAAGAACUGUAUGCAUCGAUCAUAUAGGUGUGGGCUAGCUGAUCCGGCUUCUAUAAAUCUGAUCUCUAACGAGGAGUGAUUGCCUAAAAAUAGAAUUACGGUCCGAUUUUGAAAACCAACCUGUGGACCAAUCGGUCAUGUCACAUCAGGAACUUCGACUGCCGAUGCCCUGGGGCCAUAUCGCUGCCAAAGCAUGGGGAUCUCCAAAUGAUAGAUGUGUUUUGGCAGUUCAUGGUAUUCUGGACAAUGCAGGUUCAUUUGACCGACUGAUUCCUCUACUACCGAGUAGCUAUUACUUUAUCUGUAUUGAUUUGCCGGGUCACGGAUUAUCUUCGCAUUUCCCUAAGGGAAUGCCAUUGGAAUAUCUUAAUUACAUUCUCGCGAUUCGUAAAGUUCUGGAUUAUCUAAAUUGGGAGAGAUGUAUCUACAUAGGGCAUAGUCUUGGGGGGAAUUUGGGCACGAUGUUCACCUCUAUUUAUCCUGAGAGAGUUACCAAACUUAUUUGCCUUGAUGCGGUCAUUGCUAGGCCAAUAUCCGACGAUGUAAUAAUCAGCUACAUUCGAUCUAAGCAUGAUAAUGCCAUAAAUAUUGAAGAAAAAACGGAUGCGGCAAGAUUAUAUACCAUUGAAGAAAUUAUAUACAUACUUAUGAACUCUAGAUACAAUGCUCUGAACCGCCCAGCUGCUGAAGCUCUGUCGAAAAGAUCCAUCACUAAAGUUGGUGAUAGGUACAGCUUCACCCGUGAUCCACGGCUCAAGCUUGGCAUCUUACCCAUAUUUAAUUAUGAACAACAUUCCGCUAUACUUAAGCAUGUUCAUAUCCCUAUACUAGUUGUAUUUGCAGAAACAACAGUGACAGCAAAACACCAUAAGGAAAUGGAAAGACUUAAUACACACGCUAUGGUCAAUCUUAAACAUAACCAUGUAGUUGUACAGGGAAAUCAUGACGUUCACAACAAUCACCCAGAAAGAGUUGCUCCCCACAUCACGGAAUUCUUAACUACCCUCAAAAGUAAUUUGUGAUCUGUCCUGUAUUGAAGAAGCAUAUCUGCAACAUUCAGCUUUGAACUUAUACAUUUAAUCUUGAAUAGAGUGCAGAUCUAAUAUAAUCAGCAGGUAGAUUUCAAGAAGUUAUAUUUCAAUGUUAUCUCCAUUUCCUGAUAUCGUUCAAACCCAUUGGCAAGUAAUAGCCGUACCUUGUUGCACAACCAAAUAUUUUAGGUUCUAGGUUCUUUCUACGUCAGUUCACUAAGAUUAAAAGUUCACAAAUUAUUGUACACUGAUUGUAAGCGUCCAGCUAACCGUCACUGAUUUACUUCACUGUUAUAAGCAUAAAUGAGUUGAUGGUAUUUUGUACACAAGAUCAAAUUUUGUACAGAAGAAACAAAUACAAAAUUUUGAUAAUUCCUGAAA